AUGAAGUAUAUUUUAGUAACCGGCGGUGUUAUUUCUGGUAUCGGUAAGGGUGUCAUCGCCUCCUCAACCGGUCUUCUCCUUAAGUCUAUGGGAUACAAGGUGACAGCUAUCAAGAUUGAUCCAUACAUGAACUUGGAUGCCGGUACUAUGGCUCCAACUGAGCACGGCGAGGUCUACGUGCUCAACGACGGUGGUGAAGCUGAUCUUGAUUUGGGCAACUACGAGCGCUACUUAGAUGUCACCCUUGGCAGAGACAACAACCUCACCACAGGCAAAAUCUACUCUCAUGUCAUUGAAAAGGAGAGGAAAGGCGAUUACCUCGGCAAGACUGUCCAGGUCGUUCCUCAUAUUACAGGCGCUAUCCAAGACUGGAUUGAAAGGGUUGCACACACGCCAUCCGACGAAACUGGCGAGGUUGCUGACGUUUGUAUCGUUGAAUUGGGUGGUACCGUCGGUGAUAUCGAAUCUGCACCUUUCAUCGAAGCCAUGCGUCAAUUCCAAUUCAGAGUCGGUCAUGAAAACUUUGCUCUCACUCACGUUUCUCUCGUCCCUGUCAUUUCAGGUGAACAGAAGACUAAACCAACUCAAGCAACCGUUAGGGACUUGAGAGGUUUGGGUCUUCUUCCUGAUCUCGUCGCUUGCCGCUGCGAACAACCUUUACACGCUGAAACUAUCAACAAAAUCUCCAUGUUCUGUCACGUUGCUUCAGAGCAAGCUAUCGGUGUACACAACGUUAGCUCCCUCUACCACGUUCCUCUCCUUCUCGAAGAGCAAGGUCUUGGUAAAUACCUCAACAAGCGUCUCAAUCUCGACUCCAUUCAGAUCUCUCAACCAAUGAUCAAUAGAGGUUUAGAAAUUCACAAAAAAUGGGGCAACCUCACCGUUGGUUAUGAUAGAUUGUUCGAAAGCGUCGAAAUUGUUAUGGUUGGUAAAUACACCACCCUCCAAGACAGCUACAUGAGUGUCAUAAAGGCUCUCGAACACGCCUCUUUGCGCUGCGGUCGCAAAAUUCAUAUCAAAUGGGUUGAAUCAAGUCACUUGGAAGCCCCAUCACAGACAAAAGAUCCUACAAAAUACCAUGAAGCCUGGCACACACUGUGUAGAUCAAAUGGUAUUCUCGUUCCAGGUGGUUUCGGUUCAAGAGGUACUGAAGGUAUGAUCUUAGCUGCACAAUGGGCCAGAGAGAAGAAAGUGCCAUUCCUCGGUAUCUGUCUUGGUUUCCAAGUCGCAGCUAUUGAAUUCGCCAGACAUGUUCUCAAUUGGAGCGACGCUAAUAGCUCCGAACUUGACCCAAAGACAAAGCACGACGUUGUAGUCUUCAUGCCAGAAAUCUCAAAAACUCACCUUGGUGGUACAAUGAGAUUAGGAUUGCGUCCAACCGUUUUCGAAGAGGGUAGUGAAGAGUGGUCAAUUGCCAGGAAACUAUAUGGUGGCGCAAAGAAUAUUUGGGAGAGACACAGACAUCGUUAUGAAAUUAACCCAAAGCUUGUCAGUCAACUUGAAUCAACCGACCAAAUCAAAUUCGUUGGUAAAGAUGAGACUGGUGAGAGAAUGCAAGUAAUGGAAAUGCGUGAUCACCCAUACUUUAUUGGUAUGCAAGCACAUCCCGAAUUCUGCACACGUCCACUCAACCCAUCUCCACCAUUUGUUGGUUUAGUAGCUGCAGCGGCUGGUCAAUUAGACGUUCAACUUGGCAUGCAACAAGACUAUAAACCACCUCACCCAACCAGUGAGAUGGUUUUGGGAGAGAAAGUUGGUAAGAAUAACGUCAUCAAAUCUGCUGUAAACGACGCUGAAUUCAACACUCCGUCUGCUUCACCUCGAGUUAAGCCUCAAGAUCUCCCACCAGCUUAG